AUGCAGAGACAAUACUUCUCUGUCUUCAGAAACUCGAAUGUGGUUGAUUUGGAUAGUAUCAGGGAUGUAAACCCUCAACUAGCCAUAACUGACAUAAUUUUUGGUGCUCCUGAUAUUCUAACAGAAAUAGAUAAGAUCAAGCACAACUCGGCAGUAGGUCCUGAUAAGUUCCCGGCCACUGUCCUGAAGAUAUGUCGACAUCAAAUUGCAGCCCCUCUAGCUGAGCUCUGGAGAAAUUCGCUUGAUGCAGGCUACAUUCCUGACAAUUUUCUUUCCCAGUCUGUCGUUCCAGUCUUCAAAAAGGGAAACAAAUCUCUUGCAAUGAACUACCGUCGGAUUCCACUCACUUCUCAUGUCAUUAAAGUAUUUGAGAGCAUGGAGAAAUCGCGAAUAACUCACUUCCUCGAAGACAACAAUCAGCUGAAUCCCAACCAGCAUGGUGUCUGUGAUGGCAGGGACUGCCUGUCGCAGCUUCUGCACCAUUUUGAUGACAUCUUAAAAGCGUUCGGCGAGGGCUCCAAUACUGACGUCAUAUACCUUGAUUUCAGAGUCUCCUCUUUCCCAAAGUGGAUCAAAUCAAACUUAUCUUCAUUUAAAAGCAUAUUGUUUUUUUCUGCCCAUUGGACAAUAGCAAACAGAUCUGACUGA